GUCACGAGGCCCACGCCCUUCCCUUCUUUCUACGCUUCCCGACAGGCUCCCGCUGCCCGAACCGGGAAACAAGGAGGAAUAGUCUCGCGUUUCAAAUUUCGCAGACCUGCUGGCCGAUCUUGAGCCUUCUGAAAGAGGAAGGCGAACAAAGCAAAAAAGCUAAACGCUCCUAGGACCGCAACCCACACACAGAUCACUGCUGAGGUCCAAGCGCCCUUCAAUCGGCCCGCGAAUGCAGAGGAUUACGGGGAAGGAAUUCAACGAAUCAGUGCUGAGGUGCCGCCGCCAUGAUUACUAAGGGCGGAAAUUUGAGAGAAAGCUUCGCGCCGGUAGAAAAACUGACGAGCAACCGAGCGGAAUUGGAAAGGUUGGCGAUAGUCGUUAAGUGGCUCGGCCUUGCCCUCAGUUAAAAUGGCAAUUUUAGUUGCUUCACUGUUAACGGAAUAGGCGGGGCGCCAAGGAGGCUUCCUGCGUGGGGCCGCAGGGCGAGUCGGGAAACUAUUUUAAACUCUAGAGGCGGUGGAGGGCCGAAUUGCCGUUUCUCCAUGGCGUAAUUUCAGAGCUGGCCUGGGCUCUGACAGGCUCAUCCGGAGUGGGACGGGUUGGGACGCACUGUCCUUUUGCCCUUCUCCCUCCGCGAGCAGAAGCUGACUCCGCUGGAGCGAGGGUCGCUGAGCUGGGUGAGCGGAAAUGUCCCUCCCAGAGUGAAGUCGUAAGGCCCGCCCCGCGUCUGAGGGAGCGGAGGUCUUCCUGGGGGAUUUCAGUCUCGACAUGGUUUUGUAGCCGGACUUUGAAGAAUGAUUCGUGAAUCCCGAAUGGGUGACAGCGUCAUUACGGCAUUUUAUUGACACACCAUGGAUUCUUAUGAUGUAUCAGAAUCAACUCCUAGACAAAGUACAUCCUCAAGGCCUGAAGAUUACUUUAUAAGUGCCACUUUCCUGCAGAAACGAUUAGAAUCAGUUAGGAAGCAGACUUCAUUUAUCCCGCCUUCACCUCGAAGGAAAAUUCCCCAUUGUUCACAGUUACAGGAAGAUGUUGACCCUCAAAAGGUUGCAUUCCUUCUGCAUAAACAGUGGACUUUAUAUAGUUUAACUCCCUUAUAUAAAUUCUCCUAUAGUAGUAUCAAAGAGUAUUCUAGACUUCUGAAUGCUUUUAUUGUUGCUGAAAAGCAAAAAGGGCUUGCUGUGGAAGUGGGAGAAGACUUCAACAUCAAAGUGAUUUUUUCUACUCUCCUAGGAAUCAAGGGAACACAAAAGGACCCUGAAGCAUUGCUUGUCCAGAUUCUGUGUCAUAAAUACCUUAUUGGAGUGUUAGCAUAUUUGACUGAACUGGCAAUUUUUCAGAUUGAGUGAGGCCUUAUGUGGACUAUAAGUUACAGAUUAUAUGCUCUUUUCUUAUUGACUACUUGCCUAAUUGCUGUGCUGAAAGAGACUGCAGGAGAAAUAGGCAUCUAUCUCUUCAUCUGUUUUCCCCACCAUGCCUUUGGAAUUGCCAAGAUGGAAGCGAAGAAGGAUCUAGAAGAACAAAGAAUAUGGUAGUAGAUGAGCCACAGUCAGGUGCCCAUGUUCUAAUCAUGAUGAUCUGGCAUGCCACUCUCAAAAUGCUGAGUUGUUAAUUUCUUGUCAUCUUUAAAUAUGUCUGUAUAGGCUGUGCUUGGUGACUCACACCUGUAAUUCCAGCACUUUGGUAGGCUGAGGUGGAUGGAUCAUUUGAUGUCAGGAGUCUCAAACUAGCCUGGCCAACUUGGUGAAAAUCUCUACUGAAAAUACAAAAAUUAUCUGGGUGUGGUGGUGCAUGCCUAUAAUCCCAGCUACUGGGGUGGCUGAGGCAGGAGAAAUGUUUGAACCCAGGAGACAGAGGCUGCAGUGAGCCAAGAUUGUGCCACUGCACUCCUGCCUGGGCAACAGAGUGAGAUUCUGCCUCAAAAAAUAAAAAAAUAAAUAAAUAUAGUGUUUAUUGUGUUUAAGCGCUUAGGAUUCAAAUGAGAUAUAUCUAAUGGAUAUUUCUGAUUUGGGUCUUUAAAAAUCUUUAAAAAGCAUUUUAGACUUGCAUUCAGAAAGAACUGUCUUCUAAAGACAUUUUCCUAGCCAUUUCCCUGCAGAGAACUGGCAAUCAAAAUAUCCUCAAAAGGGAACUAAAGAUUAAUAUACACAUUGUUUUAGCCAUGAAUAUGCUUCUGUUUUAAAUACAGUUCAACUCCUGUUGCAAUGUUGAAUUAAAUGUUUAUUUUAAAAUGAAGCAAUGUGCUUAUCAAUGUCUCGAUGACAUCUUUUAAUUAAUAUCUCAGUAGUGGAAAUUGGUAGGCUUUUUCUAUUAACACAGGGAGUACAGACUAACAGUAACAUAGAAUCAUACGAAUUACAGAGUUCAAAGCCACCUGUGAGCCUCUUUUGAGGUCAGAGAUUAUUUAACCUUCAUGUCCCAGUUUAGCAUAAUGCUUGGUAAAUAUCUAUAGAUUAAAUCAGUUUUAAUCAAUUCUUUCUUUUUACAGAUGAAAACUCUGAGAUCGAGCAACUUAAGAUACUUGCCCAAGAUGUUUUAUCUAAAUCUCCUUUUUUUACUUACUGAGCAUAAGAU